CCGCCACAGCCCGGCGUGCUCUUCUUCGCCGAUGAUGACAACACCUAUAGCCUGGAGCUCUUCGAGGAGAUGCGUACAACCCACAAAGUAUCCGUGUGGCCUGUGGGGCUGGUGGGAGGUCGACGAUAUGAACGCCCUCUAGUGGAAAAUGGAAAAGUUGUUGGCUGGUAUACUGGCUGGAGAGCAGACCGGCCAUUUGCCAUUGAUAUGGCAGGAUUUGCUGUGAGCCUCCAAGUGAUUCUGUCAAAUCCUAAAGCUGUAUUUAAACGACGUGGGUCUCAACCAGGAAUGCAAGAAUCUGAUUUUCUGAAACAGAUAACAACAGUGGAGGAACUGGAACCAAAAGCAAACAAUUGCACAAAGGUUCUUGUAUGGCACACUCGAACAGAAAAGGUAGAUCUAGGUAAUGAACCAAAAUAUCAACUAGAUACAGUUAAAAUUGAAGUAUGAUCUAGAGAUGCAACUCAGACAUAGGAAAUGGAUGUGGCUGAAGAUGCCUACCUGACUUCAGUCAAUUAAGAAUUCAAGCAUUGUACAGAUCUACCACUCUGCAGCAGCCUGUACUAGUCAUUUGAUGGACUUCUGUGCAAACAAAAACUUGUCAGAUAAGCAAAUCUGAUGGUCUGAAACAUAACAUCUUGUGUUGCAUGCACUUCUCAGCUCAGCAUCAUUGAACUGAACUAUAAUAAUUUGUUUUAAGAGUUUCCACAUAUUAAUGCAAAUUUAAGACUGAAACAACUGCAGUGCAACCUUUUCAAAAGCAUUAUUUAUCUAACUUGACAAAAAUAUUAUAAACUGUUUUUAAAUUGCAAAAUGUUGGUCACAAAAAAAAUGGUUAAAAGCGCCUUCCACAUUUAAAUGCAUUUUUCUUGUAUUAAACAGCAACUUUCUUGAAGUCACAGUGAUCAGGUAGAUGAUACAGUAUUAAAUAAAAACCACACAAUGGUUUAUGGAUUUAUUAUUUUAAUAUAGGGAAAUAACAUUUUUAUCAAUACGAGGCACCAUUAAAUGUAAACACAAUUACUGUCAAACCUGGAUAUAUCUGCAAGGACAAAGUAUUCAUAUAUGGUGAGUUACCCUGUAUGCAUAUUGUGCAAUACGUUCUCUUUAUUAGUACAAUGUAUACACGUAUGGAACCAAAUUGCAUAUUUUGUUACAGGAAACUCAAAUGGAUUAAAUAUUCAUGUUUUGAAAGAAUAAACUGAACAUGUGGAA